UUUGACUUGCUUGCUUAGUGUUCGUCCGUCUAGAGCUAACUAGCUAGCUCGAAUGAUGUGUGUAGUACUGGACUAUUAAUACUGAGCAGUCAUAGAUCAGUGGUCGUAUAUAGGACUGGCUGAUGAAUUUGCGUAUCUUCUGUGCUGGUUCUUCAGAAAGAUUUGCUCGUCCGAGCUAGCUAGCUAUCUCUAGCUGCUUUGCGCGCGCAAACUCGAUCGAGCUGGGAUUUCCUUGGCGUGAUCAAGACGAGGACGGCGACGAUGGCGCACGAUCCGAGCCUGGGCUUCGCGGACUACUUCUCGGCGGCUGACGCGGCGUCGGCGACGCUCAUGCCGGCGAUGGACCACGAGGGGCCGCCGGAGCUUUACGGCCUGCAGAACGGGAUGGACAUGCUUGGCAUGCACCGCCUGCACGCCGCCGCUGCGAUGCCCGAGCAGCAGCAGCACGGGGACGGUGCGGGAUCCACCAUGCGCUUCUUCCUCGAGCAACAGCAGCAACAGCAGCAUCAGCAGCACCACCAGACGACCCAGGCGCCGCUGUCCCUGUCGCUGCACCACCACCUCGGCGGCUCGUCCCAGCAGCAGCAGCAGCACGAGCCACUCGCGGCGUCAUGGAUGCUGCAGCACGACCAGCACGACGUGUCGGCGCACGGGCACGGCGCUGCGUGGCAACUGCGCGGCUCUAGGUUCCUCCUACCGGCGCAGCAGCUCCUCCAGGGGUUCUGCAGCCUCCCCGCCGACGUCACCGCCAAGCGCGCUAAGCCACUGCUGCAGAAGCAAGAAGAUGGCACCGGCGGCGAGGGUUCUUCGUCGUCGACCUCCUGCUUUGCCCCGUCGGCGCAGAUCCAGGCCAUGGACGCGCUGGAGCUGCAGCGGCUCAAGGACAAGCUCUACAUCAUGCUCGAAGAGGUGGAUAGGAGGUACCGGAGGUACUGCGAGCAGAUGAGGGGGCUAGCGGGUGGGUUCGAGGCUGUGGCGGGACAGCGCGCGGCGGCGGAGUACACUGCGCUGGCAGCACGGACGAUCUCCCGGCACUUUCGGAGCCUGAGGGACGGGAUUGUGGCACAACUUCAGGUGGUGAGGAAGGCGCUCGGGGAGAAGGACGUGUCGACUCCAGGGAUGACACGUGGGGACACGCCACGGCUCAAGGUUUUGGACCAGUGCAUCCGACAACAGAAGGCGUUGCACCAAAACGGCGGCUUCAUGGAGAGUCACCCGUGGCGGCCACAGCGCGGCCUGCCCGAGCGCGCCGUCACCAUCCUUCGAGCAUGGCUCUUUGAGCACUUCCUUCAUCCGUAUCCUAGCGACGUGGACAAGCACAUCUUGGCUCGCCAGACCGGCCUCUCACGGAGCCAGGUAUCCAACUGGUUCAUCAACGCGAGGGUGCGGCUGUGGAAGCCCAUGGUGGAGGAGAUGUACGUGGAGGAGAUGAAGGAGGACGAUGGAGGCGGCGGGCAGGCGGGCGGACUGAACCCUAACCCUAGCAGCGGCAGCAGCCACGCCUCCGACGGACAGCAGCAGCAGCGUUUGGUCGCUGACGAAGCCGAUCGUGCGGGCGGCGGCGAUCGUAAGCCGACGCGUGCGCAGCUGCACGACGUCCACGACGCGGGCUCGCUCGCGUCCAUCGUCAACAUCGCCGGCCCCGGCGCGUCCCGGAUGGAGAGCUUCGGCAUCAUGGACAAUCACCUCGGCUUCGACGCGUACGAUGGAUCACAGGGGCAGGGCUUCGGCGGCGCUGGCGGAGGCGUGUCGCUGACCUUGGGGCUGCAGCAGCACGACUCUCACGACGGCGGCGGCGUGAACAUCGCCUUCGGCGCGCCCUCCGCGCAGCACGGCGCGGGCGGGUUUUUGUUCCCAGGCGAGCAGAUGGACGCCGUGCAUUCAGCCGGCGCCCACGGCCACCACAUCCAAUUCGGGGUGGGCGGCAUGGACGGCGCCGGCGAGGCUUCCCACGGUGGGCAGGAUCAGCACUACCGGGGGCUAAGCGCCGGGUUUCACCUCCUCCGCGACCUGGCCGGGUGAUCCGUGUCACAUGCACGCACCCUCCGUCUGCCGGCGCCGCGAACUCGAUGGAUUAAGGUGCCGGGGCUUGCACGCACGCGAUGGACAGGGACGCCGCAACGUACGGCGCCGGCCGGCGUGUCGAUCUCCUCACGUGCGCGCUAUCUUUGCACAGCAUUGGGUUGUGCCCGGCUAGCUAGCUUAUGGUGAUUUUUGCCCUGAUAUGUACGCAUCUCGGCAGGUCUCUGUCGAUCGUUGUACGCCGAGCUAGCUGAUUGCAAUAUUGCGUACGUACGUGCACGAUCCAGUACGUGCUUUUCCUGUACUUCGGAAGCAGGCUGGUAAGGGGUCGACGUAUCGGCCGGCCGUCGGAGGAUCGAUUGUAUAGUGGACACAAGCUAGCAGCUUAUUUGUAGCUCGAUUGAAUUAUCGAAUUGGUGGAUGAUUGAUCCCA